AUGGCAACCCUCGCAGAGCAUCCCAUGCAACCCUCCGCCUCGCCCAUGCCUAUGAUGACCGCUAGUUACGACCAAGACCUCGACUCCUUCAUCAACAUGGAUCAACUCACCUACACAUCCGACCCUGCCCGCUCCAAGAUCACCAUGACCAGCCAACCGUCGGUCGCAAGUACCGAGUUCAGCGCCAGCGAUGCCCGCAGUGCCAGCUUCGCAUCAAGUGGACAGUCCCCACUCGCUUUCCAGGCUCCUAGUCACCAGUACGAUGAGCACAGACAACAAACUGGUCUGCCACCCGGUGCGCUCUCCAUGACCUACAACCAGAUCCCCAUGGGAUUCAACAACAGCCAGGGAUUCCCCAUGAACGGUGAUGUGUAUGCCGGUCAUCACAUGAAGCGUGAGGAGGCACCGUUCGAUUUCAAUGCCGCACCGGGCCGGAACCCAUCGGAGAUGGAUAUCGAAUCCGACAACAUGAACUCUUCGCCCUACUUCUACCAGGCACAACCCGGGAACAAGAACCAAUAUGUUGAUCCUAGCGCUAUUGGCGGCCACGAGCUGGCUCAGGCUGGUCCAUCCACGCAGGUCGGUCGUAUGUACCCUGGUAUGCACCAGCAGGCCGCUAUGGCCAAGGCCCAGCAACAAAAGCAGAGCGAGAUGGUCCGCCACCAGAUGCAGCAGCGCCCGGAACAAGUUCCUGCUGCUAUGCCUCAGGCUCGUGGUCCUCGCAACCCUGACCCUGUGGUUGAGGAGCGUAUCUCUCGCCUGCUUCAACAGAUGCGUGCCAAUGCCAUGGCCAAUGGCGAGGGUUCUCCCACCCCAUCCAACGGCAUGCCCCAGAUGGCCAAGGCCCGCAAGGAUGAGGCCGAUAUGGAUGAGGAUGAGCGUCUCCUUGCCAGCGAGGAGGGCAAGAAGCUCAGCAGCAAGGAGCGCCGUCAGUUGCGGAACAAGGUUUCUGCUCGCGCGUUCCGAUCUCGUCGCAAGGAAUACAUUGGUCAGCUCGAAAGCGAGGUGGCCGCCCGCACCAACGAGGCCCAUGAAGUGCGUCUGCAGAACCGCGCUCUCUACGAAGAAAAUGCUCGCCUGAACGACCUCGCCCGAAUGCUCCUGGGAUCUCCCCACUUCUCCUCUUUCCUCAACGACAUGGGCGACACCCUACCCGCCCUCCCCCAGCAAACUCAACAACAGCAGCAGCAGCAGCAACCCCAGCAGGCCAAGCCCCAACCUCAGCCUUCCAUGCAGGCUAUGCCUCAAGAGUCCAACGCCAACCGCGGCCAGGAGUAUCAGAUGCAACAGAACCCCCAGGCCAACAUCGUCAUGGUCCCCAACCAGGGCAUGGAUCCUAACAUGGGUAUGAACAACGCUGGCUGGAACUCUGGCAUCGACAUGAACUUUGGCAACGCCUCCGUCUUCGCUGUCAUGGAGGUCCCCGAGGGCCCUGCUCUUGACACUGAUGUUCUCUCCGGCAAGUCGUCUCCCAUUGGCCUUGCCGAGAACUUCAAGAACGACGCCCCCGUUGUCAGCCGUCCUGCUUCCGAUUCGCCCCAGUCCGACAUUGGUGUCGCUAACCCCGAUGUCGAACUUGACGAGUCUGACCCUGCCUUUGCUCUCUUUGUUGACUCUCCUGCGCCCGCUUCCGACCUGACCUUCGAGGGUGUGACCAGCGAGAAGGCGUCCCAGUUUGAACUCAUCGUCGAUAACUCUGAUGUCAGCACCGCUGCCAAGAGACGUUUCGACUCCCUCUGCCUCAGCAUCGACGCCGCCUUCGAGCCGCGCGGUGCCCUGUUUCCCACGGCCACUCGCGAGAUCGCCUGGAGUGCGCUCCCUCGGACAUCACCUUUGACCCUUCGAACGUACCGCAUCAGCUGUGCCACGAACGGUGACUCACUACGCUCGAGACGCUUCUUACACCAGGCACCAAUCCGACAAGCCCAGCCUCUACGAAUCAGACAACCGGCAGUCCACCCCAGCGCGUUGAUUAUUCCUGCCCCACUCGUCCACCAUCGACGCUCCAAGUCCGAAGACUACUUAAUUUGCGAACCGUCCAAAUUCGAAAUCACCUCUUCUCCUCCAGAGCAGCGAGGUGCCAGACCAAUGAAGUUCUUCUACCAGGUCAUCACGACCCCGACGGCCGACACGCCCGGCACGGUCCUCUGUCUCAACUUCCCGGACAAGCGAUACUUCUUCGGACAGCUAGCUGAAGGCACACAGCGCGCAUGCACCGAACGCGGCGUGAAGCUCGGUUACCUUUCCGAUGUAUUCGUCACUGGGCGGACAGAUUGGGCCAACACGGGCGGGUUGAUUGGUAUGAUCUUGACGCUGGCCGAUACGGUGGCGACUUCAGCUGCGGCCAUUGAAGAGGAGAACCGGAACAAGGCCCGUCGUCGAGCUGAAAGAGAGGCCGCUGAGGCUUCGAGGAAAAACAAGAAGACUCAGAAAUUGUCAGACAACAAGGACGAGAGACACGGUGUGGCUUAUGUUGAGCGGGAUGGUGAGCUUGUGGAACAAAAGGGGAACCUGACCAUUCACGGGCCUACGAAUCUUACGCAUACGCUGGCUACAGCUCGGCGGUUUGUUUUCCGCAAGGGCAUGCCCGUUUACUUGAAAGAGUACGACUCCGAGAGCCUUGCCAAGCAAGCAGCUAUCGGUGCUGAAGAUCCCUUCCAGACGCCUUCAUGGGAAGACUCCAACAUUAAGGUAUGGGCUAUGUCUAUUAAGCCUCGCUCAGCUAGUCCUAGGCCCACGCAGAGGUCUAGCAGCCCACGGAAGCGGAGCUUGGAUGAGUUCAAGGAGUCUGGACAACCCACAGAUUAUCUGGACCAACGCACCAAGGAUCAGAUGGUGAGACAGUCCAUUGUGCAGGAUAUGUUCAAUUCAACAUGGAAGAUGGAUACCCUGUUCGAAACCCAGUUGUCUGAGGUUAAAAUGCCCGCUGCCAUGUUUGUUCGCAAUCCCGUGACGAAGGAUCUUGAGCCAUACAAAGGUCCAGUGCCGGGGGAUCAAGAACCCCUCCCUGAUAUCAAGGUCCUUGUUCGAAAGCCCUGGCCUGGUGCUACGGUCGAGAGUCUCCCACCUACUUCUCCCUCUAAGGAGGCAGUCUGCUAUAUCGUGCGGAACCAUGAUAUUCGCGGAAAGUUCGAUCCCAAUAAAGCGAAAGAAUUGAAUGUGGAGAAGGGAGCUAAAUAUGCAGCUCUGACAAAGGGCCAGAAUGUCCAGUCGUUGGAUGGAAAUACCAUCACUCCAGAUAUGGUGCUGGGAGCUCCACGACCUGGAAAGGGUAUUGCCAUCAUGGAAGUCCCCUCACCCGAGUAUGUGGACGACCUGGUGAACAAGCCUGAAUGGAAGUCACCUGCUGUGACUACCGAGCUGAAAGCCUUCAUCUGGAUUCUUGGACCGGGUGUUGCUGAACAUCCCAAGUUCCAGGAAUUCGUCGCCAGCUUCCCCGACUGCAAACACACUGUCUCAGGUACAGACCACACACCUAACUACCUGGCAUUGGGUAGCGCUGCUAGCUCGACCGUUCGACUCGCACGUCUGAACAGCAGCAGCUAUUCAGUUCCCGUGCAUGACAAUGUGACUCUGCCUCAGCCUGGUGCCCCGAAUGCCGGUUCAGCAUCUGCAAUCGCAGCCCGGGAGAAGUCUCCUCUUGAGCCCAUCGAACCUGGUUUCAUCAUCAACAUGGAGCCCAACUUCGGCUUUAACACGGACGAGGUGAUGUCCCGCUUCAAUCCGACAAAGGCCCUGCAUAAGAUUCCACGUUCUGUAGAGCAACGGAUGGAAGUCAUUCGCAAGCGUAUCGCCAAGCCUGCGUUCCAAAAGAUGCUCCAUGCCCAGCGCACGGAAUGGCCUGGAUCGGAUGCAGAGAUUAUCGCCCUGGGCACUGGUUCCUCUAUUCCAUCCAAAUACCGCAAUGUCUCCGCAAACCUUGUUAAGGUGCCUGGUUAUGGUUACUACCUUCUGGACUGUGGUGAAAAUACUCUCGGUCAAUUGAAGCGAGUCUUCGAGCCUGAGGAGCUUCGCGAGGUGUUCCAGAACCUGCGCAUGAUCUGGAUCAGUCAUUUGCAUGCUGAUCACCACCUAGGCACGGCCUCCGUGAUUAAAGCCUGGUAUCAGGAGAACUAUGGCCUCAAUCCCGCCCCUGCUCAGCCUGAGACUGAUCUCGCAAAGAUCCUCCAAGAGAAGCGCCUGUCCGUCGUAUCGGAUGAUGCGAUGAUCGCUUGGCUGGAGGAGUACUCCGCUGUUGAAGACUUCGGAUUCGAUAAAGUCCUUCCUCUGUCUGCACACCCCGAAGUAUCCGGCUCUCAAAUAAUCACAGAGUUUUCAUACCGUCAUCGGCCUGACAAUGUAUUCUCCGGUCAUCGCACCUCAAUGUCCUUCAAUGACCGAUUCUCUCCACUCACCUCUCUUCUCAAGUCUGCCACAGGCCUUGAAAACCUACUCACCUGCCGGGUCAAGCACUGCAAGGGUGCGCUCGCCGUGUCUCUCGUCUUCCCGCAUGGAUUCAAGAUCUCCUAUUCCGGCGACUGUAGACCAUCCGCGAAGUUCGCCUCCAUCGGCCAGGGAUCAACAGUCCUCAUCCACGAAGCCACCUUCGGACCCGAUAUGGUUGGAUCCGCCAUAGCCAAGCGCCACUCGACUUCCGCAGAGGCCAUCGAAGUCGGCCGCCGCAUGCAAGCGCGUGCCAUCUUGCUCACGCAUUUCAGUCAGCGCUACCAGAAGCUCACCUUUGUCGACAACCGUAAGGCAGAUGCACCCCAGUCUACCCGUGACGCAGGCGCGAAGGAACCCGCCGAUGCAGAUAUCCCAUUCGAUGAUCCCCAAGACCAAUCAGCUGCCGUGAGUGACACGCCAUUGCCAGAUGAUCUCGGCUCAGCGAUGCGACACGAAUCCAAGCCUUAUGGUGGUCUCAUCACUGGAGCGAUGGACUACAUGCGCAUCAAGGUCGGAGAUUUCGCGCUCGCCCAGGCCUACGCGCCGGCGCUUGAGAAACUCGUCGAGUUAAUGGAACGCGCAACCAUCGAAGAAACAGAGCGGUUGAAGAAGGUCCGCCAGGAAGAAGAGAAUGCUCGCAAGGCGAAGACCAAUAAAAAAUGGGCCAAGCAAAUGGCUGCUGCUGGCGCUGCGGCGGCUGCUGCUGCGGCGACAGUUGAAACCGAUGAUGUUCCAGCCACUGACUCGAAUGCUCGGUCUGUCUGGAGCGCAAGCGAAAGUGAAGCUGGAUGGGAGACAAGUGAUUACGAGGAGUAA